UAAAAACUACAGAAAUGUGUACAAACUUUCAUAACGUGCUAAAUGGGCAUGGUGAUUGGGGGUGUGGUCACACAAGUGGGCGUGGUGAUUACGGGCGUGGUUGCACAAAUGGGCGUGGUACCAAAAGUGGUACCUGGACUAUGGAAAUGUGUCAGGCACAUGAUUGAGAGAAAGUAGCGACUUGUACAAACAGCUCCCCAUAGUCUUGCGCUGCUAUAGUUACUGCUGUGACACUCAGGCAAGAGAGUUGCAGUUGGACAAGCUGUAAGGAAUACAGGGGUCAGGCUGGUGGAUAGGGAUCAGUAAAGAGCAGCCUCAGGAUAAUAAUAUACAGCAUUAGCCACUGGGAAGGGACUGGAGACAACUGUCACACUGUGUAUAACUGUGUCACACUGUGUAUAACUGUGUAUAACUGUGUAUUACUGUGUAUAACUGGGUAUUACUGUGUAUAACUGUGUAUUACUGUGUAUAACUGGGUAUUACUGUGUAUUACUGUGUAUAACUGUGUCACACUGCAGAGUGUAAAUGUGCCCGUGGAAUGAGUGUGACACACGUGACUAAUAAAGGUCGGGCAGCUCAGCGCUAUGUUUGCGCAAGGAAAGCAACGACCUGGCAGCUCCUCUCGCUCGGGAACAGUUUGAGCCCAUGAACUCCUCAAGCUCCUCCUCCGAGGCUUUCGCUGAUACAAAUCUAGUAGCUCCGCGCCGGUACUGAGUGACAGACACUUCUGCUGCAGCCGCUGCCCGACACCAACACUCACUGAGGAGGAGAAGCGACUGAGCAGCAGCUGUCUGUACCCAGCGCCGGGCGCAAACACUUAGCACCGGCAGCAACAAGAGAGAGAGAGUAUUGCCAGGAAUAAGGAAUCUGGCAGUUGGUGUUAAAGCCCCAAAGAGAAGCAGUACAAUGCAGUUUGCAGCCCAGAUCUGGCUGAGAGCGACUGUCUCGCUGUUCAUAGCUCAGUCAGUCGUUACAUUGGUUAUUCCCAAUGCCACGCAGCUGGAAGGUCUCCUGGAAAAAUACAUGGAUGAAGAUGGCGAGUGGUGGACGGCCAAGCACAGGGGCAAGAGAGCCAUCACUGAGAGUGACAUGAAUCUUAUACUGGAUCUGCACAAUAAACUGCGCGGGGAAGUGUAUCCUCCAGCCUCCAACAUGGAGUACAUGGUAUGGGAUGUGGAACUUGAAAGAUCUGCAGAAGCCUGGGCUGAAACAUGUCUAUGGGAACAUGGGCCAGCUGAUUUACUUCCAUCAAUUGGGCAGAAUUUGGGUGCCCAUUGGGGAAGGUACAGGCCACCUACGUAUCAUGUCCAGGCUUGGUAUGAUGAAGUGAGAGACUAUACAUUUCCUUAUCCACAAGAAUGUGACCCAUACUGCCCAUUUAGGUGCUCGGGUCCUGUCUGUACUCAUUAUACACAGCUGGUAUGGGCAACAAGUAGCAGAAUUGGCUGUGCUAUAAACUUGUGUCAUAACAUGAACGUCUGGGGACAGAUUUGGCCAAAAGCAAUAUAUCUUGUGUGCAAUUACUCUCCAAAGGGUAAUUGGUGGGGUCAUGCUCCAUACAAACAUGGGUAUCCUUGUUCUGCUUGCCCACCCAGCUAUGGAGGAGGCUGCAAGGACAAUCUCUGCUACAGAGAUGGGACAGAUUUGCAUUAUCCCCUUCCUGAACCCGAACCUGAAGAAGAAACCAAUGAAAUUGAGAGGCAAAGUUCAAAAGUUCUUGAUACCACCUCCCAAAGCAGAGCUCGAACCAACUCCCCAACUUCUUCUACCAGGGUGGAGAGUUUCGAUAACAAUGAAGUCAUCAGCACCGAACAAAUGUCUCAAAUUGUGUCGUGUGAGGUGCGGCUGAGGGAUCAGUGUAAAGGGACAACAUGCAACAGAUAUGAGUGUUCUGCUGGCUGUUUGGAGAGCAAUGCCAAAGUUAUUGGAAGUGUACAUUAUGAAAUGCAAUCAAGUAUCUGCAGAGCAGCAAUACAUUCUGGAGUUAUAGACAAUGAUGGUGGAUGGGUAGAUGUCAUGCGGCAAGGAAGAAGAAAUUACUUUAUAAAAUCGUUCAGAAAUGGAGUACAAUCCAUAGGAAAAUAUCAGUCUGCUAAUUCCUUUGUGAUCUCCAAAGUCUCCUUUCAGGCUGUGACAUGUGAAACAACAGUUGAACAGCUGUGUCCUUUCCAGCCCCCGACCACACACUGUCCCAGGGUCUAUUGUCCGCGCAGUUGUGAACAAGCAAGUCCACAUUAUGCACGUGUGUUUGGAACAGGAAUUUAUUGUGAUAUUUCAAGUAUCUGCAAGGCUGCUCUGCACGCAGGGGUACUUCGCAACCACCAGGGAGGCUAUGUGGAUAUUAUGCCAAUGGACAGAAAGAAACAUUAUUUUGGAUCAACUCAAAAUGGAAUAACAUCUGAAAGUUUGCACAACCCAAUAGAAAGCAAGGCAUUUAGAAUAUUUGCUGUAAUAUGAAGGCCGGCCUGAAGAUAAGCAGGAACUCGAAAAGAUGACAAAUCAUGAUGUAUUUGUUUGUAUAAAGAUGUAUUGUUAAUGUACAGAAAAAAAUGACCUAUACUGUCCUAAUGCAAAACUAACUGACGCUAGUAAUUAACACUUUAUUUAAAGAAAGCAUAUUUUGGAAUGAAAAACACCAUGUGGGUAAUGUUUUGCUAAUUCUGCCUGUAUUAUAGCAUGUAUUGAGUAUUACUUUUUUUCUAUUUUGUAUCUAUGAUUGAAUGCAUAAUGUAUAGUUUUUAGAUUUUGGGAAUUUCAGUGUCUUUAGAGUUUGCUGUGAUGUCAUAUUACUGCUUAUAGAUCUGAUUUACCCAGCACUGCCUUCAUAGGCUGUUCAGAAGUCAGGCGCUGACAUCACAAUGUGGUCUAUCCUGAAAUUCACAUAUUAAAGGGGUUGUUCACCUUUAAAUAAACUUUUAGUAUGAUGUAGAAAGCGAUAUUCUGGAUCAAU